UUCCCACAUUUUCCCCGUGUCCCCUUAAACCUGGAAACAUAUCUAGCUUAGCGGUGAGUGUUAUGUUUGCAGUGCCCUGAUGGGUUAGCCUAGAGAAGGUGCAAUUGUCUCUGCAUUGCCAUAUAAACCAUGACGCUGUGAAUCUGUGACCAGGAGGCUCUCCACAACUCACAGCUGUCUUUUCUCCAUCUCCAUGUCUCUAACAUUGCCCGGUCACACUGGCCCUGUCUCCCACAGGUGGACCUUAUGGUGCAGUUGGAGUGGACCUGGCUUUUGAGAAGUUGCUGUGCCAGAUUUUUGGCUCCGAUUACAUUGAGCAUUUUAAGGUAAAACGCCCAGCAGCCUGGGUAGAUCUGAUGAUAGCCUUCGAGGCACGGAAAAGGACUGCUUCCCCCAAGAGACUGAACCCUCUCAAUAUCUCCUUACCGUUCUCCUUCAUCGAUUACUAUCGGAAAUACAAAGGGCAGAGUGUGGAGACUGCACUGAAAAAGAGCAGCACCCACCUCGUCAAGUGGUCCUCCCAGGGAAUGCUGCGGAUGACCCCACAGGCCAUCGCUGAACUCUUCCAGCCCACAGUCACACAGGUGGUGGCUCACAUCGAGACCCUGAUGAAGAGGCCGGAAGUGUGUGGGGUGAAGUUCCUGUUUUUGGUGGGUGGAUUUGCCGAGUCUCCCAUUCUGCAGCUUGCUGUCCAACAGGCUUUCAGCCAUUGUUGCCGAGUCAUCAUUCCCCAAGACGUGGGCCUGACCAUUCUCAAAGGAGCCGUGCUCUUUGGCCUGGACCCUACCAUCGUCAGGGUCAGGCGUUCACCUCUGACCUACGGGGUCGGUGUCCUCAACAAGUUUGUGGAGGGGAAGCAUGCGAAGGAGAAGUUGCUGGUCAAGGAUGGCACCCAAUGGUGCACUGACAUCUUCGACAGGUUUGUGUCUGUGGAUCAGUCUGUGUCGCUGGGUGAGGUGGUACAGCGUAGCUACACUCCUGCCCGGCCGGGGCAACGGAAGAUUAUCAUUAACGUUUACUGCAGCAGUGAAGACAAUGUCCACUACAUCACUGACCCAGAGGUACGCAAGUGCGGCACGGUCAGCUUGGAGCUGCUGGAAACAGAGAAUGUGAGCUCCAGGAGACAGAGGCGGGAGAUCCGCACCAGCAUGCAGUUCGGAGAUACCGAGAUCCGCGUCACUGCCCUGGAUGUAGCCACCUCACAAUCCGUGAGAGCUUCCAUCGAUUUCCUGUCCAACUAA